AUGGUCAUUUCUUGGAUUCUCCAUGCCAUUUCCAGUGACAUUGUUGAUAGUAUCAUGUACCUUGAUGAAGCAUCUGCUAUUUGGUCUGAGCUUCAUGACCGUUUUCAUCAAAAUAGUGGUCCUCGUGUGUUUGAAGUGAAGCGAUCCAUGCAGGCUCUCACGCAAGGAAGCAACUCUAUCCAAGCUUACUUCACUCGCCUCAAAGCUCUUUGGGAUAUGGUUCGUGAGUUUCGCCCUCAACCUGCUUAUACUUGUGGCGCACUGAAGACGAUUGUCGAUUAUCAAGAACAAGACCAAGUUCUGGAGUUCUUGGUGGGACUCAAUGAUUCUUAUUCCGCUGCUCGCUCUCAGAUCUUGAUGCAAGAUCCUUUUCCAACAAUCAACAAAGUUUAUGCUACCAUAAUACAAGAAGAAUGA